AUGACGUACUUCCCUUGCAGGCUACCUUUGAUUUUGAAGGUAGCCCACAAGGGAACGGCAUCGGUCAUCGUUGUCUUGGUCAAUCCAAACACGACCUCCUCUAGCUGGGUCUGUAAUCAUUGUCUUGGCCAGUCCAAACGCCACCUCAAACACGUUGCAUCCUCUUUCUUCGCCAUCUCCUUACCAUCUCCAGCUCUAAACACCACAACUAUGGCUUCCAAUCAGUAUCCAUCAGACAAAAAGGCAUUUAUGGCCCAGACUCCAUCGGAUCCCUUCAAGAUCGUCAAAGAUGGCAUGCUUUGUCACCACAAAAACCGCGAUGGUCGCUUUCCGUAUCUAUACAAGGUGGAGAGCCAUCCUUUGGUACACAACACCAAUGUUAUAAAGCACAUUUACGUCUAUGUGGAGGACACAAGAAGUUCAGCAAUGCGCGUCAAACGCCUCUUCGAAAAAGAUCUUAAGGUACCGUUGGGUCUGGAUAAAACUAUGGCAGGCCAUGGCCUCUUUGAACUUGAGGAGGGCUCUGUCAUUUAUGUUCGAAAAAGGGCUGCUGUGACUAUGGAUUCCAUAGAGGCCUGUGCCCCAAAAGACUACUUGGCGCUUCUCAAGGAACAUUCCGAAGUAGAUAAUAUUCCAUGUAUCAGCAAUGAUAGAAACGUGGUGGCACCUGCGCAGCAAAUAAAUAUCGCAGCUGCUGUGACUCGUGAUACAUGCAGAAGAAAAGGGCUGGAGGGCAUGGGUAACUUUGGGACCCUAGACGGUCAUGUGGAUUGUUUAGACUGUGUUGGAUGCCUCACCACCAUGAUGGCAAUGUCUCGUCUUCCUGAAGGCUAUGAAGAUGGAAGAUUCCACUUGUUGUCUCUUGGUGUCUAUGCACGGCUGGAUUUCAUGAAGAUUCUUGUCUUCUGUGGUCUAAACAAGCACGGUGGAACACCACCGAUCGCACCUCCAGCGAAGUCCCUCCAGGAACGCAAGUCUUCUAAUGAAGCAAACUGGGCCACCGAUGGUGAAAGCGUCAUGGAAGAUAUAUCUUUGUUCAGAUAUGUCUCCAGGAGUUUGUUGCAACUCUCGUCGCAUGUUCUCAUGCAGUUACCUCGACGACUUCAAGUUCUAAUCGAUACCGAGCAAUUUCUCAACUCUAUUUCGAUGGUUGACAAGAAUGGCAACAUCGUAACUGCAGGUGAUUGGGCUCAUGCUCCGAAUGCAGCUCACCCAGAUACUCCUCCUCGACCAUCUCCAUCUCAAACAUCAGAGUCUUUAGUGGCAGACCCCACCAUUCCUAACAUCGCCACAUCAUCGUUGACAGACCAUCAGAUGGAAGACGAUAAUUUUAUCCCUUCUGUAAACAACUCUAUCAUUCACCGCCGAGACCACCAUCUCUCUUGGUUAUCAUAUUGUGCUAGAGUUGCUGAGUUUAUCCCUUCAAUGCAAGAUUGCUUGGGAAACUUUGAUGUUAUACGCAAGGCUAUUGAAGAAGGUACAACAAGCAGAAGAGUUUUGCCUCGGGCUUCCAUGAAGGACAAAGGCCCUCAAAACAAGCGUAAAGAACAAGAUAACACCUCUGGUGGACAUAACAGUCCAAAAAGAAAACGAAGAAAGAAGACUGAUGAAACAGCUCACAAUGAGAGUUUAAUGCCUAAAGACAUUGAGCCGGAAAAUCCGCCUGAGUUAAGAAAAUCAAGACGUCAAGCUCAGAAAUCUGGGUCCUUACUUCAGGAACCUGAGAUGUAUGGAGGAGGUGCUGGUCCUUCUAAAAGGUACUUGCGCAGAAAACGAAGGAGUGAAGAUGAAUCUGAUGAGGAUAGCAGCAUGUAUGAAUCUACUUCGCCACCACAAUCCCCUCAAACAUCAAGACUUUUGUUCCCUGAGAUAGGACAUAUCGACUUCGAUGCCCUAGCUCCCGACCAAAGGAACGUCCCUCUUAAUGGCUCCGAAAGCUCCUCAGAAUCAGAUUCGACGAGCCCAGAGUUAGAUUCUACCAUAACAACUAAAGGUAUCAAUCAUAUAUUAUCUGCAUUGUAUUUUCAUGGAGCCCUUUGCAGAUAA